AUGUUCUUCCGCCUUAUGGGCUUCACCCAUGUGUCGCGUCAUGACAAGACUUCGAUAUCGAGCGACGGUCGCAAUGCUCCUUACUCACCAAUGCACUGGUGUUUGAAUUCAAGUUCUGAAAAAAUAAUAAUCUACUCAUGUUUGUUUGUCAUCCCAUCGAUAAACCUUUCGGUAAAUCCUGUCCCUGCGCCCCGCCACUGUGCAUUCUACAUCUUGACAACCAACUCUGCUUGUGUCCUCAUCCUGCCAUUCAAACACUUUCUGCGACAUACAAUGUCUUCAUUUGUGCCCUUUUUCCACCUGAAACAAAGGUCCCAAUCGCGAGGCAUCAUAGCCAAGACCGACAACGACGAGUACCAAAACCAAGUGGUAGCGCAGGCCCGCAAACUCAAGGCCGACCUUCAGCCAAAGGGUCAGAUUAAGGACAGUGAGGAAGCUUACAAGGGCUACUUUGAGAUGCCCGCAAGCGAUGCGAAGGACGUCACUCGCAGGAUUAUCCAGGAGCUGGGACGCGACGAAGUACUCUUUCAGAAUCUUGUUUGGCCGGAGGACCCUACCUGA